UUAAAUUUCCAAAUGAUGGAGUACUUUUUUGUGGAAAGCUCCGGCUCAUAAUUUUCAUUUCCAUUUCGAUUCAGUGGGUGCUUCAGUACGGUGAUCUUGUGGCGCUGCGUCCACCCAUGACUCGAAUUUGACUAGUAUAGUCUCGCGGAAGGUGAAAUCUUUGAUGGAAGGUGAAGCAGCUGAUUUAAAAGGAAAAACGAGCAGCUUCUCAUCAGAGAUUUCUGGUGGUGGUGUGACCGUGGAACAAUGCCAAAAAAUGAUUCAGAAAAGCUUACGAACUCCCAUGGUAAAAUUUCUGAUGGAGCAUUUGGAGAAAUCCGGGUGUAACAUUCCAGGUAACUUCAUAAAAGCUGAAAAUUGUGACCUAACCGUUACUGGAGGUUACAGUCGUGGUCGAGGAAUCGUAAUAUGUAACAACCAUAUCGACAUGCAAGAUGAGGUCGACCAAGCUGUGAUCCAUGAGCUCAUUCAUGCUUAUGAUGAUUGUACAGUGAAAAACUUAAAUUGGGCAAACUGUGCUCAUCAUGCUUGUAGCGAGAUUCGUGCUGGCCAUUUGAGUGGUGAUUGCCACUUCAAACGAGAGCUGUUACGAGGUUACAUGAAGAUGCGGGGCCACGAACAAGACUGUGUAAAGAGAAGAGUGAUGAAAUCACUAGCAAGCAAUCCAUUCUGCUCAGAAACAGCUGCAAAGGAUGCAAUGGAAGCUGUUUGGGAUACUUGUUAUAAUGACAUGCGGCCCUUCGAAAGAGCACCUUGACAUUGGUCUCUGCUUCAGCUGAAGCACCUUAUCUUUGUCGUCUACAAGGCUUCAACAUUGCUAUUAUAUCUUUUGAAUUUCCAAGUUCAACCAAUCUAAUAAGCUAUAAAUUUGGUUGGAGAUAUAUUAGAAGUUCAAAACAUUAUCAAUAGAAGUUCAAAAUUUUGUUGGAGAUUAUAUUAGAAUCUCAAAACAAGUGAGGAGAAAGAGGGAUUUUAAUUCUGUUUUUAGGUGCUAAGAAUUAAAGCCCUAUCACUAGGGUGAAAGCGAAAGCUGUCAACCAGUAAACUAACCUAUGAUUCUCGACUUCUCGUUUUGAUACUAAGAUUGUUAUCAACAUUCAACACCAAAAUGAGAUGUCAACUAAUGUUUGAUGGGUGUUCUUAUUUACAUUUUUUAUACCUUUAUGCUACUUCAAAGAAGAAAGUUUUAUAUUAUAAUCAUGAAUAUAUGACAGUCCAAUGUACUACAGAUGUUUAUGACACCAAUAAAUACUUCUGCUUACUGUCUA